AGGAUCACUUGCGUUGCACUCACUUUCUUACGAUGACCGAACUUUUUCUUUUCCACAUCCUUAAUUUCAAAAGCCACUCUUCGUGAGAAUUUUUUGAUUGCGACUAGGUAGCGAAAGCGUUGUCCAUAGAUACUUCAUGUACAGCAGCCGGUAACUACGUGAUUAGCGGCCUUGUAUCGAUCAUAGGAUUGCGCUUCUCGUCAUCAAAGAUCUCGUCACAUUGAGUUUAUGCCUGAUGUUCAAAAACGAAAUUCAUCGUGCUAUUAAAUACUACACAGCAUUGAUAGUGAUACGACAGACACAGAUUGCAUAGAGGAAGCCAAAAAUCUAAGCGGCAGCUCCAUGAAUUUCAACCCGUUCCAGCGUGAUUACUUUAAUGAAUUGAUCGAUUACUUUUCCGAGAAACUGUUUGUUGUUUAUUCAAUAAAUUCAAAUUGAUAAGGAUAACUUUCGAAAAGCUUUUUCGGUAGGAUAAAGAAUCCACAAAAUGCCACCUGUUCAGUCAAGGAGUAGCGGCUCUGACGCCGCAUCGAAAGGCUUGAUAGCUGCAGUAUCUGUUGGACUCGCAGUGGCUGUUAGUUUUUACCUCCUAAACCGGAUACGAAAGCGGACAUUUUCUGUAGGACCCCAGGAUCCAGAUGACGCGACCACCGACGCAGGAGAAAGCAGUCUUGUAAGGGAAAUCGAGAAGAAAUUUAGAAAAAAAUUCAAGAACGCGACGCUAGUGGAAGUGAUGGAUUUGGGAGGUAGAUUAUUUUCAAGUCGUUGUGAGUGGAAAUAGAAGCAGCUGGGUUACGGUGAAAUCGAGCUGUGUCCUUCUUUUUAUCCUUCUUUUGAUCUAUCAUUGUGAUUUUUCGAUGUCGUUAUGAUGUGGAUCCCUGUUCAAAAAACAUUACCAAAAUACAUCAGGUUCAUGUGAAGCAGCAAAGCUGGGCAUACGGAUGGUAAAUCCAGACUUUUCGGGAGUCAGCAAGGUAGAACAGCAAAGACAGUGCAACGAUGUGAUGGCUCCCUAUCUGAACAGCGGACAGGUCCACGCAGUUUCUUAUGAUCUCGCAAAAAUAGUUCGCCGGAACACCCUCGAUCAGGGACGAAUUUCAAAGACUAGCACGUCCUAGAUUUUGAUUGGCUUGCCCAUAAAGAUGAAUCGGUAAAUGACUAUUUAGUGGUGCAAAUUUAACGAACAAGAGGUGCCCGCAAGCUUUAAGCACUUCGCUUCUCCAAUGUUUGUCAGCGUUUAAUUAGUCCAACAAUUAUCUGAGAUUUUGAUUUUCAACAUGUUUGUCAGGCAUCAUGCCUAUUUAAUUUCGCAUAGCGGUACAACAACAAGAAG